UGUUGUCGGCCACUAUUCCGGGGGUGCACGUUGCAGAGCGGAAAUCUCGCCGUACCGGAGAUGAAAUAGCGUCCCGAGGGAUGAAAUAGGGAUGUUUCCGGUUGCCGCGCAAUGUAGGCGGUGAUUGCGCGUGGCUUCUUAUCAGUUAUGACCGGAGAUUUCUACACUCGGACGGUGGCGGGACCCAACGGCCAAAUCUUCGUCACCCGUAAAGCCGAGUACCUGGGUCAGGUACUAGCCUCUCUGGCAGUUUCACUUGGACCCCUAGCAGCAGGUCUUGGCAAGGGCUACAGCUCUCCAGCGAUAGCGUCUCUCCAACAACGAGACGCCGACGCUUUUCCAGUAACAGGUCAGCAAGCCUCCUGGUUAGCCUCCUUGUCACUCCUCGGCGCCCUCUUUGGUGCACCUUUUGGAGGAGUAGCAGUCCGCUGGGGUAGAAGAAGAACUUUAUUUCUAGCAGGAGCACCUUUGUCCCUGUGCUGGAUCGUCACAGUGUUCGCAGUGAGCGUGGAGAUAAUGUGCUUCGCAGCUUUCUUCAGCGGGUUCCUGGUGGCGGUUAUUCAACUCAGCGCGCAGGUUUACGUAAGUGAAAUAGCAGCGCCAUCUGUCCGUGGAGGUUUGAGUGCGCUGCUGAAAGUUGCAGGACACUUAGGUGUGCUUGUGUCGUUCAUUGCCGGGGCUUUUCUAGACUGGCGUCAACUAGCGGGGUUAAUAUCUCUGGCCCCUGCAACUAUGUGCGUAGUACUAUGGAAUGUUCCCGAGAGCCCUGGUUGGUUGGUGCUGCGCGGGCGAGAUGCGGAAGCUGAGAAGGCUCUUCGGUGGUUGAGGGGCAAUACUGCCGACUUACAGCUGGAGUUGGCCAUCCUCCAAGCCCACGUCCUCACAGGUCCCGUAAGCAAGAACCACAAGUUCCUCUUGCAGACUCUGCGCACUCCUGCGCUCAUAGCUUGCGGGCUGAUGUUCUUUCAACGCUUCUCCGGUGCCAACGCCUUCUACUUUUAUGUCGUCAGUGUUUUUAAAGAGACCUUCGGCAGUACGAACCCCCACAGCGCUGCCGUGGCUGUGGCUGUUGUCCAGCUGCUCUCUUCACUGCUUUCAGGUUUGCUCGUGGACUCCGCGGGUAGGUUGCCCCUUUUGGUAGCUUCUAGCGUUCUUAUGACUAUGGCCUUGGCUUCUUUUGGGUCUUUCGCUUACUACGAAGAAGCAAACCCCAAGACGGUUCCCAAUUUGGAUUGGAUCCCACUACUUUGCGUGCUGGUGUUUACCAUAGCCUUUUCUCUCGGUAUAAGCCCGAUCAGUUGGCUGCUUGUCAGUGAGCUGUUCUCACUGGAGCACAGAGGCUUCGGUACUGCGCUUGCAACCGGAUUCAGUUACUUGUGCGCUUUCAUUGGAGUGAAGACCUUCGUCGACUUCAAGGAAUGGUUGGGAUUGUAUGGAGCCUUCUGGUUAUACGCUUUUAUUUCGGUUUGUGGGCUGUGUUUUAUUGUCUGCUGUGUUCCAGAGACCAAGGGUCGGGAUUUGACGGAGAUUGACACGGGUAGGUGAUCCAACGCUAUUCGGCAGAUGCAUAAGGUUUCGGUUAGCGUUGUGGAGAGGUAUUGCUAGCAAAGGUCUGCUAAUCUGGUUUGGUACUACGACAUGCGUUUGACGGAUUCAUUUAAAUGGAAACUUUAGAAGGCUAGAAAUGGUUUUAGGUAUCUGUACUGAUUUGCUGCUUCAUGGAUGUUCUAGAUUUCCGUAACGAGGUUGAUUUAGGUGGGUAUCUGUAUCGAAGAUUCGAUUUAGUGGCAAACUUAGCGGAUGCUUUGUUGUCAGUUCUGCUGCUCUGUGCAUAUUACUUAUUUUUUCGCUUCUUCUA